GAUGCAGUCGAUGUCGAUGGUGCUGUUGAUGGGGUUGCCAAUGAAUAAAUUCGUUGAUGUUACGUUUUUAUUUUUGGGAAGCAGUGAAGUAAUAAUUUCUAAAGAUAAUAAGCAUCUGCGGGAGUUAAGGUCCAAGGCAGUGUUGCAGGAGUCAUCCUCUCGACACGUUGGCUAAAGUCAAGAAUAACCUAUCGAAAUGUCGGAUACAGAGGGGAGUGCGUACUCGGAUAAUGAGAGCGAGAGAGGAGACAAAGGUGGCAGCGACAGUGAAAACCAGAGGUCCGAGGCUGGCAGUCCAGCUAGGUCCAGAUCACGUAGUGGCUCGAGAAGUAGAAGCAGAUCGGUCACGUCGAGAUCGAGGAGCCAUUCGAGAGUUAGAUCUGCCUCCAGGUCAAGAUCUAGGUCUCGAUCUAGAUCGAAGUCUGGGUCCAGAUCUAGAUCGAGAUCAAGGUCCAGGUCGCGUUCUGGCUCACGGUCCGGUUCUGCUAGAGAUGACGAGGCAGAGGAAGCUCACUCUGGAGAAGAAGAACCAGAGGCAGAGGAAGAGCCCGAGGGUGAGGAUCUAGACGAAUAUGACGAGGAAGAAGAAGAAGAUGACGAAGACAACGACAAGCCGAGGAAAAAGAAGAGAAAGAAGGGGGUGUACGAUUUCAUUAUCCAAGAAGCGGAGGUCGACGACGAGCCCGAGGACGACGAGGAGUGGGAGGAUGGUGCUCAAGAAAUCGGCAUCGUCGGCAACGAGAUCGACGAGGUUGGUCUUACUGCCCGGGAGAUAGAAGGUCGCCGGCGUGGCACCAACCUCUGGGACUCCCAGAAGGAAGACGAGAUCGAGGAGUACCUUAGAAAUAAGUACGCCAACGAGUCGGCCGCAGCUCAUCGCUUCGGUGAUGGUGGCGAAGAGAUGAGCGAUGAGAUCACGCAGCAUUCACUCCUCCCUGACAUCAAGGAUCCAAACUUGUGGAUGGUCAAGUGUCGCUUGGGAGAAGAAAAAGCGACCGUUCUCUUGUUGAUGAGAAAAUUUUUGACUUACCAAUUUUCUGGCGAACCAUUGCAAAUUAAAUCCGUCGUCGCACCCGAAGGUGUCAAAGGGUACAUUUACAUCGAAGCUUUCAAGCAGCCUCACGUCAAGGCGGCCAUCGAGCACGUUGGCAGCUUGAGAAUGGGAAUUUGGAAGCAGCAGAUGGUUCCCAUCAAGGAGAUGACGGACGUACUUCGCGUCGUCAAGGAACAGACCGGCCUAAAGGCCAAACAGUGGGUGAGGCUUAAAAGAGGUGUAUACAAAGAUGACAUUGCCCAAGUCGACUAUGUGGAUCUAGCUCAGAACCAAGUACACCUGAAGCUGUUGCCGAGGAUAGACUAUACGCGUCCUCGCGGCGCUCUAAGAACGGCCCAAAGUGAGUCCGAGGCCGCAAAAAGGAAAAAGAAAAGAAGACCACCCGCGAAACCUUUCGAUCCCGAGGCCAUAAGAGCCAUUGGCGGAGAAGUGACCAGCGACGGUGAUUUCCUCAUUUUCGAGGGCAAUCGCUACAGUCGCAAGGGCUUCUUGUACAAGAACUUUACCACGAGCGCCGUCAUAGCCGAGGGCGUGAAACCAACGCUAUCCGAGCUCGAAAAAUUCGAGGAGCAGCCGGAGGGCGUCGAUCUCGAGCUGAGCAGUGCCCCCGUGACCGGGGUGUCUCACGGCAAGGACGACCACACGAUAACGCACACCUUCAGCACCGGCGACGUGGUCGAAGUUUGCGUCGGCGAGUUGUCGAAUCUGCGGGGCAAAGUCGUCUCCAUCGACGGCAACAUGAUCAUGGUGAUGCCGCAGCACGAGGACUUGAAGGAGGUCCUGGGCUUUCACUCGAACGAGGUGCGCAAGCACUUUGAGCAAGGGGAUCACGUGAGGGUCGUCGCGGGCAGGUACGAAAGCGACACCGGGCUCGUGGUUCGCGUCGAGCCGAACCGCGUGGUGCUAUUCUCCGAUCUGUCGAUGCACGAGCUCGAGGUGUUGCCCCGUGACUUGCAGCUCUGUGCCGACAUGGCCACGGGUGUCGACAGCCUCGGUCAGUUCCAAUGGGGCGACCUCGUCCAACUCGACCCCCAGUCGGUCGGCGUGAUCGUGCGCCUCGAGCGCGAAAGCUUCCACGUGCUGUCCAUGCACGGCAAGGUCGUCGAGGCCCGGCCCCAAGGUCUGAUCAAACGCCGUGAGAACCGCAACACCGAGGCCCUCGACUCGCAACUAAACACCAUUCAGAAGAAGGACAUCGUCAAGGUCGUCGACGGCCCGCACUCGGGCCGAGGUGGGGAGAUCAAGCAUCUCUACAGGAGUUUCGCCUUCCUCUACUCCAACACCUUCAUCGACAACGGUGGUAUUUUCGUGUGCAAAACGCGACACCUACAGCUCGCCGGUGGCAUGAAAGCCAGCGGCAUGUCCGCCUCACCUGCCGUCGGUGGCUUCAUGUCCCCGAGAAUCACGUCGCCGAUGCAUCCCAGCGGUGGUGGCUUCGGCAGAGGCGGUGGUGGCCGAGGAAGGGGCCGCGGGGGCGGGGCUCGCCGUGAUCGCGAAAUCAUCGGCACUACCAUCAAAAUCACAGGUGGACCCUACAAGGGCAACGUCGGCAUCGUCAAGGACGCGACCGAAAGCACGGCUCGUGUCGAGCUGCACUCUACCUGCCAGACCAUCUCGGUCGAUCGCUCGCACAUUGCCAACGUUGGCGUACCUACCAAGGACGGACGCUUCACCAGCUACAAGGACACCCCGGCUUACGGCACCGGCAGCCAGACACCCAUGUACUCGGGCAAAACUCCGAUGCACGGCUCUCAGACGCCUAUGUACGAGACUGGUUCGCGUACGCCUCAUUACGGCUCGAUGACGCCGUCGCACGACGCUGGCUCUCGCACGCCUGGCCAGUCCGGUGCCUGGGAUCCUACGAUAAAUAACACCCCAGCACGAACGAGCGACUUUGAUGGCUACAACAUAGAGGAGGGCUCGCCAGCCUAUGCUCCAAAUUACCCGUCCGGCGGACCAUUCACACCGCAGACUCCGGGCACGAUGUACGGCUCGGAGCGAAGCUUUGGCCCAUACCAGCCCAGCCCUAGUCCCGUGGCGAGCGCUACCGCUAGUCCAAGUCCCGCUGCCUACGGCAGCACACCUUCGCCUGCCGGUACUGGGUAUACGACGAGCCCACACGGAGCAUUUGCCUCGCCCUCUCCUAUGGGUUACAGUCCAAUGACUCCGGGCACUGCGGGCAGCCCGUACAAUCCGCAAACGCCGGGCUCGAGCAUAGAAACUGGCCACAGCUCCGGAGUAUAUGGCACAGAAUGGCACACGACAGACAUUGAGGUCAGGAUUCGCGACUCCAACGAUGAUUCGGACCUUGCUGGACAGCAGGGAUACAUUACAACGGUGUCUGGUGGAAUGUGUACAGUAUUCCUGCCGAGCGAAGACAGGACCGUCAACAUCAUAUGCGAUCAGCUGGAGCCCGUCGUUCCGUCGCAAAAUGACAAGGUCAAAGUCAUCAUUGGCGAGGACCGAGAAUCCGUCGGUACGCUAUUGUCCAUUGACAAUCAAGAGGGUGUGUUCAAAUCUACCGCCGGUGAAGUGAAAAUGUUGCAGCUGAAAUUCUUGUGUAAGAUGAGGUCAUAAUUGGCAGAUCCAAGCUGAGUAUCCUGUUAACUUGAAUAAGAAGUUACAUUACUUAUUGCGUGAAUUAGUAAUUGUAAAUUUUGUCAUUUAAGUGGGGGGUCUGCCCAUAUUUAUGCGAUUCUAUUGACGUCAAUUUAACAGUUGUACAUAGCAUGUAUUUAGUUUUAUUAGGAUCAAGCCCUCUUUUAAUUCACGUGGUUUAUUACGUUUGUAUUCUGUAAACUUGAUACACUUGAGUGAUAUCUAUAUGUUUUUUUUCAAAUUUAUUACAAUGAUUUUUAACUUCAAUUUUAAUAUUGAAAUGGUCUAGUUUUUGAAAAUAUUUUAUGGUUACAUGUGCUUCAGGUAACUUUCGAUUUUUAUUGCACAAGGGACUUAUUCAAAUUGUUUAGUAUUUAUUUUUAAUUUAUAAAAAUGUUACUGACAAAAAAAUACAAUUUUUUAAAUUAAA